CUUGCAUAAAGAAGAUGCUUAUAAAGAGGACACAUUACACUUUCUCCAAGCGGGGGUUAAACAUUCUGCUCUGUACGGUAUGUAUACCACUUCCAGGCUUAUUCUGUGUGUGAUGAAACUCGUUUAUUUCAUAGCACUUCAUCAGAAAGUAUUUGUUCAACAGGAAAUUAAGCAUGUUUUUUUUAUGUAUGUUAGAUCUGUAGUUGCCAAGGGAUUAAUAGUUGUACCACUUAAUUGCCAAAAAAAUCUGACAGUAUUUUGUCAAUAUCUUGCCAUUGUUAUAUACUGGUUUAAACAUCAAGUCCUGUGACAAGGAAAGCGGUAAUCUGUGUCCUCCUAAAAAUGUUGAAUUUUUUUUAUAUAUUUAUAUUAUAUUUAGAAGUUGAAUCUGGUGGUAAUUAAGUUAUAUAUGGUUUAUGUCAUAAUAGAGAAAUACAUGCACUUCAGCACUUGGGUGGUUAAAACUAGAGUCUUGCCUGAUUUAACUGUAGUAGCUCCAGAUUAUCAGUUAUUAUCACUUGCAUAUUUAAGAUAUUUAGCAACAAUGAAAAAUAAUAGCUCUAAUCGUUAUUAACCCCUUAAGGACACAUGACAUGUCUGACAUGUCAUAAUUCCCUUUUAUUCCAUAAAUUUGGUCCUUAAGGGGUUAAUGUUUCAUUAGCAAUCACAGAAGUAUCCUGUCCCUAGUUAUUACAGUUUAGUAUAAUCUUCCCUGUAUACCUCUCUAUCCCAUCACAUUGGGUAUUAUACACAUUGUUAUAGGGGAUCUGUCUGCAGGAGCAUUCCAUCCGUUUCCAUGGUGAUUACGUCACUUUUCAUGUGUUGCCCCCUAUUCGUCUGAAUGCAUUGCUCAGUUACAAAAACACAACAUAUAAUGCAAGAGUUAUUUUAUUUUAAUAUUAUUUAUAUAGCGCCAUUACAUUCCGUAGCGCUGUACAUUGAGUUGUACGCUUCUGCAAUUCUAUACAAAUAAAAAUAGUUAUUUUCCCUUAUUUUGAUGAUAAAAGCUAUAUAAAUCAAUAACAAAUGUAACAUGUAUUAAUAGUGUUUGCUCUUAAAAAGUUAAAUACUAUAUAUAUAAAAUAUUUUUUACAUAAAAGUACCAUUCCAUCAGAAUACAGUUGGCAGACAAUGAAAAUAUCCAAACCAAAAGAAAAAAAGAUGAUACACAACUGGUCACACGAGGAGAUCCAGGAAUUAUUGCUCCAAUAUAAAACUGUUUAUUCCAUCGAGCAGAAAGACAAGGUCAGGUUACAGCCACCUCACUUCAUAAGUGAAAAGCGACAAUGAAAAUAAACUUGACCAUUUGAUGCAUUGAGAGCUCAAACACACAUAUUGCUCUCUGUGAGGGAUGGUCGAGCGCGCAUGAACUUGUAAGGAAGGCACUUAACUCACUUUGUGGAGAGGGAAAGAGGAACUGGUAGAAACAAAAAACAGUGUCCUUUAAAAGGAACAUGGACAUACAGUGGGUUCGUAGUUAAUGAAGUUUGAAGGUCCUAAUGACUGCCUGCCUGACAUUCACUAUAUUGCAAAAUGAAAACCGUGCCAAUUUGCAGAGACUGCACAGUUUUCAAUUUCACGGCUGCAGGGACAGUGUAAAACGUUUCUGAGAGGUUGGAUAAAAAGCAGGGUUUUCCUUCCAUCUAUAGCCUAGCUUUGGCUUGAAAUUAGCUGCAGGACAGGGACCUGUGUAAAGCCCUGGCUCCUUUCAAGCCAAGAGUGGGCUAUAGAUGUGGCCUGGUUUUGAGUGAUAUGUCAAAAAUGGAUCAAAUUGUAUACUGCCCCUUUAUAUAGGGAAAAUCUAGAAUGAUGGUUCCUGCGGCGCAGGAAUAAUGAAAGGAUAACUCCACAUCCCAACUGUAAAUAAAUAUAUUACUGUUCAGCAGAUUUACAUUUUUUUUCAUUUGGGUAUAAGAACAGAUCUCCUGUCUGCAGCCUUUGCAAGCCCUCCCCUUCUAACCCUACCCAGACCUUCUGUGGCUGUCCAAUCACAGACUUGCAGCAUUCAGCUCAAUGAGAAAUCUUUGCAAUACAGGUGCUCUGGGCAAUUGCUGCCUCUUCAGUUUAUAUCCACUGAACUAACCAAAGUUUAGUAACAGAACAUGUUAUAUUUGACAGCGGAAAGAAUGGGGGUGGGGAUGAGGGGUGGUGUAAAAAGUUUAACUUAUAAAAGUUCCAAUUUCUAUUGAAAUCUUCAAUCUUUAAAUUUUUAAAACUACAAACUCCGACCAAAGCAUUUCAGCAAGCUAUAGUACUUUAGGUGUUUGAAGUGUUUCUUUAAAAGCAACCCCACAAGUCAUGUUAUUCACUACAAUGAAAUUGUGAGGAAUUCAGAGUAAGUGUCAAAUUUAAAGCUAAAAUAGCAGGGCUGGAAAAAUUCUCCAAGUCAUCUAUGCUUCCAGCUCAACUGCUUUGGACUUAAAUAUACCUAAUAAAUCAACUUCCUGUAUGCCUUAAUUUGUUUCUAUGCAAGCUCCAUCCUUCCUUAGGAGCUUUAAUUAAAGAAUCAAGUCAUCCUACGUUCCUGGUAUUAAAAUGCCGCCUGUCCAUAGUGCGUGGUUUACCUGUCUCAAUACACCUUGUAACACAGUAAGCUAUAUAAUCUGGUAAUGCUAAUACCCCUCAAUUCUCUUUGGUAAUGAGGAAACAAUGCUUGUUUGUUAAGACAAGGCAAUGGGUGUUGUAUAUUACUUACUUGCUGCCGCACCUGACUUGAUUAGGACCAGGUAAGCCCUGCCCAGGUGUGGUGCUCAAUUACCUGCCAGUUCCCAUAUAUUGACUCUUUGUUUAAACAAGUAUAUAACAAUAGAAAAAAAAAUGCAAAUAUAAAACACAGCAAAUGUGCGCUUUGGGAUUCCUCUAGUUAAUGUGUAAUAAAAUAUUUAUAGUGUUAAUGUGUAUAGCUUGGUAAAGUGCUAUACAUCAGAAGAUGUGGUAGCAGCAGGGAUCACUCUCCUAAAGCUGAGAGAGAAUGGCAAUGUAUUUACAUGAGAGUCAAUGUUACAAUUGUUUGCUUACAUCAUAUAGAAAAUCUGUAUCAUUCUCAGCCCUAAAAGAUUAAACUUUUUACAGCUGUGGCUGGGUGGGUCGGAUGCCAUAUUUUCUUGGACUCAGACUUCUUCGAAUUGAUGGGGAACCCAAUAGUAUAAGGGAUUUAUAUGCUGCAUGAUUCUUUACUGAUUAACAACUUAAUUAAAGAAUUGAUUGCAGAUAAAUCAGAUUAAGGAACAGCAUGCAUGCAAAAUCAGCUCUCUUAGCAUGCAAAUAUGGUUAUUCAGUUACACCACUUAGGACAUAUUGUGUUAAGCCCAUCACAAUGCCCCAAUAUCAGUGCGCCCUAUAUUCUACACUUAUUCACACAUUCUUCAGGACAGCAAUAGUGUCACGGGGGGCAGGCUUGUUGGGACAUUGCUAGUGAAACAGCCUGUCUGGCCAGACCCAAUGUAGAGGACCAGAAAACGCUUCUGAAUAAAUUUCACCAUGGUCCUAGAGCUGCAGGACAGUGCCAGCAUGGCUAAUGAUGGGCUCUUGAGGUGCUGCUAAAGGACAGUUUCUUGGGGUGUCUAGAUGCCAACACCCUAAAAUUAGGACUGCCCCACCAACAUCAGGACAAUUUUGCGAGGGUUCUCAACCCAGUCCUCAAGGACCCCCUACCAGUCCAGGAUUUAGGGAUAACGUGGGUGUGUCUAAAGUGUAAAAAAAAAAAAAACACACCUUAGACACCCCCAUAUAAUCCCUAAAUCCUGGACUGGUAGGUGGUCCUUGAGGACUGGGUUGAGAACCCCUGGUUUAGAGGCCUGUGGAUUUGUAUAUUGGAUAUGAAGCAUAGGCAGUCUAAGCACCAUAACCACCACAGCUAGAUGCAUUGAUUAGGUUUCUAAUAGUCUCAGGGAAAUCGUCCAUUGUUGUUAUUUUUCAUACCGUUUUGGGACUCUUCAAGGCUGCCAUUGCCUGCCCCCUCUCUAGUCGCGAAUCUAUGCAACCUGGAUAGCAGUGAUCUAUCCAACCUGAACGUAGUGUGUUAACACACAUCCAGCACAAUCCAUCAUGUCUGUUCACCGAGACCACUGCUGGCUUCCAGCCCUAUAAUUAUUGAAAUAAAGGGGGGUGGGGAGGGGAAUAGGAAAGGCAGGUGGUUGGACUGAAGGCACUAUAACAACACCAACAAGAUGAAGUUGUUAUGGUGGCUACAGUGUUCCUUUAAUCCACAAAAAGGUCACAGAUGAGUGAAUAACCUUGUUAAACUCUAAAGUAAUCCAUUUAAAAUGAUUGCCAACUAGGAUCACUACAUUUCCCAGGGCACAUAUUGCUUGUACAUGGUGUUGGAGAGUUAAUAAAAUAAAUGCUGCUCUGUAGAAUGCAGAUAAUUUAUAUUAAUCCUGAAAUAAUUCUGCAAUGUAUGGGUGCUAUAACAUAACACAGGUAGCACUUUUCAUAUACUGAACAAAUGCAUUUUAACUUCAUAGGUAUCUAAGAAAAUAUCGGGAAGCUACAAAUCCUGACAAUACUUUAUGUACAGGUUUUAGUGAUAUAAUCCAACCUGUGUACAAUUAAAACCGCUUUUAAACAGAUGUUUACUUUAUAGAAAAUACUGUUCUUUCAAUAAUUGCAUCUCCUGGUCCCAUGACCACAUCAACAGGCAGUAGUGGUUGUGGUGCGUGGAGUGUUUCUUUAAUUUUCUACAAUUUGAAAUUUAGCGAAUACCUCAGUACGUGUCUUCCACCUCUAAUAACAAAACAUUAAAGGGUUAAACUUAUCUUGGUUCAGAGAAUGUAACUUGAAACCUGCACUUUAUUGGUUUCUUGCUUGCAUCUGUAAAUUUAGUGUUUGUUACGUGGAACAGUUUUUGGACUUAAUGACAGUAAAGUCUCCUUGCAGGCAUUGCUUCGGUAGCCCCAUCCACUGAAGGGUUGAUCAAAAGCUGCACACCCUUUUUGUGUUUCCGUUUAACUGAUGUUAUCAAGUCUCCACCUGCUACAAUUCCUCCUUUGUGUCUCCCUAGAGCGAUUUAACCCCCAUCUCCUCAUUAUGUAGUAAAUUGGAUUUUUAAAUAAUUUUUUUUUGCAGUUUACAAAAAUCUUUUCAGAACCGAGCCAAAGAGAGGAGGAACUAAUAUCUGCUUGAGAGAUUGCAGCUCAUGGGAGAUGGAAGAAAAUUAUGCCCCAGGAUGUUUCCAUAGCAUAAGUGUACAUUCUUUCAGGACUUAACCUCGGGGGAUAAUAUGUUACAGAGCAAAGGGACAGAUCACAGAGAAAGAUUUUUUUGUGCAACAUUCUUGUUUUCAGCUACAUGCAAAGACCAAUGUUUUCAGACUGCCUCCAACUUCUCUGACAAUGCAAAGCCUUGUUCCGUGGCUUGGUAGAAGACCGAGCAAUCCCACUGGCAAAGGGCAGGUGUGAAAGAUGGCAAGCAGUCUGACUGUUGUCGGUGCCCUCUGGGCUCUCCUCUCAUUCCUCUCGGCAGCUAUUAGCUGCACCAGUUUCUUCAUGCCCUACUGGUUAUUUGGUUCUCAGAUGGGAAAACCAGUUUCCUUCAGCACCUUCCGGAGGUGUACCUACCCUGCUCAUACAGAGGAAAAAAGUCUGGUGAUGGUAGAAGAGUGUGGCAGGUAUGCCAGUUUUAGUGCCAUCCCGAGCCUGUCCUGGCAAAUCAGCACUCUGGUGACCGGUAUUGGUUGUGCUUUGUUACUGCUGGUGUCAUUGUCUGCAGUUCUUGGCUGUUGCAUCGGGGACCUCAUCUCCAGAAUGACUGGCCGGUUGCAAGGAGGAGUGCAGUUUGUUGCAGGUAAGAGAUGACACAAUGGAGGGGAGCCCAUCAAAGAUUGAUGUGAGUUACAGUGGUGGUAAGCCAUCACAAACAAGUGUAAAUUGUCUUUAAAUUGUCCAUCUUCUGUUUCUGAUGGAGAAGUUAAAUCUGGAUUACAAAAUUGAGGCUAAAAUUUCCAAGCUGUGACUAUAGCAGAUAAUUGUACCAGAUUAGCUACUUUUGCCUCAUUUUUUCAGUUUGUACUUUAAUUCUCUGCAGUUCAGUGUAUAUAGUGAAUCACCCGGAUGGCCUCUGUCUCUACAGCAAUUCUACAGCAUGUUAGUGUGGAAGAGGCGCUAAUUAAGAAAAGCAGCAGCAAAUAGCUGGGACAUACAUGCAGGCCAGGACAUGUGUGUCUCAUGUUACUCUAUGAUUGAUGGAUCCCGUUGCAUGAUAUAAGACCGUGCAAUAUGGUUUUUUUAUUGCAUGAUGUGAUUCCACCCACUGUGCAAUAUGUAAUUGGAAGCCAUGACUGUCCCGUUGAAACAACACACAGAUUGUCUAAUGUAAUAAUAUAUAUAUAUGAUGUAUGCUGUAAUCAUUAUUAUAAGUCAUCACUGUUUGUUCACACUGGAAUCAUGGUAGAAGUGACUGCGUCGCUUUACAUUGCUUUGCCACCUAUGUUAAUAGAACAAGAGGUAUAGCAAGUCUCCUAGUUGUCACCAACAUCCCGGUUAACUCUAAAAAACUGUGAUAAACACAAAAGAAAUGGUGUGGUGAGCUACAAUUACAUGUGUGAGGAUCACCAAUGAGAUUAUAUACAUACACUGGUUAUCGGUCUCCCGAAAUAUACUGGUUGUACUCCACCUAGGAAAUGAUAUUCCAGCUUUUAAUCACUUAAAAACAUAAAACAAAACAUAGUGUAAAACUGUUGGUAUUUAAUGAUAAAAGAUGAGGUGAUUAUUGCACUCACAGGUGGGAUAAUGUGAUUAUUACACUCACAAGUGGACUCUACAGCCUCUAUAACUCUCUCUUCACUCUAUUUGGGACAUCCUUAUCCAGAACACACUCCUUUAUUACCUCUUGGGAUCCAGAACGUUGGUGCAUUCAGGAGCUGACUCAAAACAUCUUGGAGUCCCUCUGUGGCAGGUCUUUUGACCGAUUGAUGUGCCUUUCUAGCCACUGUUAGUGGCGGACCACUUGUGAGUGUAAUAAUCACCUUAUCUUUUAUCAUUAUAUCCAAAAUAUUACACUAUGUUUUGUUUUAUGUUUUUUAUAAGUGAGUGAAAGAUGGAAUAUCAUUUCCUAACUGAAAGAAAAAAGAGAGGUUGGAGAUUCCCGUAUUGUUUAUAUUGUCACCAAUGGAACACUGGUAAAUUAAAACGUCAAUUUUAAUAAAUCAAGUUAAAAGUCCCUUUUUAAUAAGGACAUUACACACACUCUUUUAAUAAACACGUGUAUACACACCACAUCUAAAUGAAAACCACAUCUAAAUGAAAAUGGAUAAAUCCACUAUAAAUAAUAAUUCCACUAGAGGGAAAAAAAUGCCCUCUAAUGACUGUAUUAGUCUACUGAAUUGGAAUCCUACAAAAUUAAUAGUUUCAUUUCCUAACUGGAGUACUACCAGUAUAUUUCGGGAGACCAAUAAUCAGUGUAUGUAUAUUUUCUCAUUGAUGAUCCUCACACAUGUAAUUGUAGCACACCACACCAUUUAUUUUGCCUUUUAUGUUAAUAGAACAAACAAACAUCAAUCAAGGAUUUGUAUAUUAUUUCAGUUCCCAAGUCACAUAUAUCAAUACAAGCCUUUUCACAUCCGCUUUGCCUUUAACACAUUACAUGCCAGAAUGUGUGCAAGAAAGACAUUGCAGAGCAAUUUGUCUCCAGUGCUUGUACAGAAACAGUUAAGCAUCAAGUGAUCUUGAGCUUUGAAGCAGCAAAACAAGUCUGUACGUUUGUACGGCUUUGAUAUCCCUGUGGUGGGAUUAAUUUAGAGGAGUACGAGACCUCUCCCCUGCUUCCUGACUGCCACGCAAUGUAAAGUGUGUGAAAUUGGAGUAGUGUCGUUGACACAAGCUCAAUAUAAGAAGAUAUGGAAUAACCCUAUUUCUAUUAAAUGAAGAGACUGCUGGCUGCCAGCCAGACCAUGUUUAAUAAGCAAUGUCAUUUACUGUGCAAGGCCCAUAUUCAAUGAACCAUGGAAUUUAUCUAAAAGAGCAGACUGUAAGACCUUUAUUGGAAUGAUCUCUAAAUAGGACGGUACUUCUAAAUGCAGUACUCUUCUGGCAGCUCUCAUUCAAUGCCUUAUCAUGAUAGGAUUUAACUAUUCAAAAGCCAGACUUGUUAGCAACACUUUAGCCUAUCUGAAUAAGGAGAGAUUCAUGGACCUUAUAUUAUUGGAGCUAUGAUUCCGGUUGGGUGUAUACUUAAUAAAGUUCUCAUGAUGCACUUUUGGGAAUGUUUCGCUAAAGGCCCACAGUCUGAAUUCACCAGGAAAUUCUUGGUGAAAAUAUUCAAUUAGGAAAAACGUUUCAGUUCAGUCAUGUUUCCAAAUCAAAUUUUCUGGCCUUAAAUGUGCAGUUUGUUCCCUGUUCAGUUUGGGACAAUUUGUGCUUUAGUAGUGAAUAAUCCUGUAUAAUAUGUGUGCAGUAAAAGCACAGAUUUGGAAGCUCUAUUAUCCAUUUAAAUUGUUAAGGAUGCUGCUAAAUUGGCCAAUGAAUUUGGCAUUGCGUUCUGAAAAUGCAAAGUUGUGAAAAUCUGACUAUUCUCCAAUAGUUCCUUGGUAUAAGCAAAUCAGAGUAUUUUAAAUUAACUGAUACAUGUAUUAAACAUAAAAAAAAAACCCUCAAAAGUUGUACUGAAAAAAAAAAAAAGACUCAUUUGGAAAGAGAAGUGUGUGUGUUUGUUUCUAUACGCCACCUUUAUUAAUAAUAAAAUCAUAUACUGAAUUACGUCCCUUCAUCCCCAAUGACUUCUCCUUUGUAAAUAUAUCGCCUAACAGAGGAUAUGUGUGAAAUUCUCAUUAUUCAUUCCGUAUCAUUAAUAGUGUUAGGCACAAUGUAUUGAGCUUAUAACGUGUGCUUUUAUCAGUUGGAUUAUACUAUCUCAAGCGAGAUAACAUCACUUCAUGCUAUGCUAUCCCGUGGGCUGAUUUAUCAAAGUGUCUAAACCUCACAGUCUGAUGAAUCGGCCCACAAAAAUAAGAUAGCAUGAAAUGAUACUCUCUCGUGACAGGUAUUAUCAUCGCUUUCAUAAAUGCAAGGUUAUCUUUGUAUCAUUUGUUUUGUGGUAUGCUUAAAUUAUCAGCAUUUGUUGUUUGUUUGGUUUUACUUCUUUUUCAGGAUUAAGACAGUCUGAGAAGUCUAUUCAUCAAACACAGCAUUAGUAGUGUUAUUUAGCUAAUCAGAGUUUAGAUUAAAACUUUAUAACAGGCAAUUUCAUACCACCGCUCAACAGGCCCUAAACUCAUUAUUUACCUACGUUAGAAUAUAAAGUGAAAUAAAACAAAACGUGGGUUACGUUAAAAGAUCCCUGCAUCCUUAUAAAUAAAUAUAUUUAUAAUGCUGGAGUGUUUUAUGACACUUUUAGUGUCUCACAGUAACGUGUAUUUAACCCUUUAAGUAUGGGGACAAUGGUCUCCAUUGUUCUUAACCAUAAGAAACAUAGUGGAAACAUUUUUCUUAAAAUGUGAAAAAACUAUUUUUUUCACAUUUUUGCUUCUAAUAAUUUCACAUAUCCAGCGCAACUAAAUAAAAAUAAGUCAAAUAGAUUCAUGUGUCAGACUUGAUGGUUAAAGGUCUCUCAAAUAUAAAUAAUAUGGUUGUAAUUAACACUAACCCUAUACCAAUCCUAACCGUAUGCUAACCCUGUCCUUAACCCUAAAACAGCUUUAACCCUAACCCAGUAUUAACACUUACUCUAACCCUAACCUUACAACUAACUCAAAGCCUACCCUUAUAGAAACCCCCUGCUUAUCUUAGUAGAUCUCAGAUGGAUUUCCUGGUUAAAACAGUAGAGUGUUCUGUGACUGCUAUCGACUGCCUGUAUUCACAGUUUUUGCACAAAAUAGUCUGCAUGUUGCACCAUAAGCCGGCCUCCUUAGUCACACCCCUUCAUGCCAGAAAUACUUCCUUCCAUAGCAAAUGUAUGCAUGGUCUCAGCCACAACAGCACUGAGUGAGCGGCUUUUAAUUCACAACCUGGCUGCAGACCAUCAGAGAAACUACAAAUAGGGAGUUACAUCCUUACUAUAUGCCUCUCCUUAUAAUGCAAGUUGUUUUGUUUUUCAGAUCAUUCAGUACUGUCAGAUCUGUCAGUGGCUGAGCUGUAAGGACUAUAAGGAAGUCUUUCUGGAGAGAGUGGGUGUGGCUAAAGAGGCAGGCUUACGGGGCAGCAUUCUGCAAAACAUUUUUUAAAAUGUAUGCAAAACUAUUUCAGCAUGCAAAAAUGUACAGCGUAUUAACCAAAUGCAUUAAAGUAGUAUUGGUGCCUGGAGUGCCCAUUAAAGUACUAUAAUUAUAACAUUAACUUAAUGUAGGUCCCCAAACGAAGAUGACCUAACUGUUUUGCAUAUUCAUUAGCCUCCGCUUGUCGAUGAGUAAGUCCUACUUGAAAAUAUUAAUAAGUAAAAGGCAAGUUGUUUGUAGUCCACUUAGAUAUAGAAGUUUUCGAUUAAACCCAGAUUUUCGACUAUUUGCAACAAUGCAGUUGCAUUAAGCGUGUUUGUAGCAGAAGGAAAAGAUACAGGGUAUUCAAAGACCCAAUUGGACAAUACUAUAUGAAAAUGGGUAUUCUGAAUUAUUUUUGAUUUAAGUCUGUGUUUAUAGGACAGUAUCUCUUUAAUGUCCCUACGCAAAUGUAGCUGAGGAUCUGCCCAGCCCUACCUUAUCUGGGUCACACUGCAAACUGGUCUGGCAGCAUUUGUCUUAUGUUUCCUGGCUGGAUCAGAGAGCCUCUGUGCACCUGUUACAUAUCUUUUGUUCAUUUAUAAGUGCAUUGUGGCUAUUUCCAAAGCCCAAAAGCAGGACAGACAGAGAGAGGUAUUUGGACGAGCGGUUGCCUUUGGGCACUAUACAGAGCAAACAGGAUAGGAGAUACAAGUGAAAGGCUCUCCAGGAAACCACCUAAUGUGACAAAGUCUCUCCUUUAAUGUAGGACAAAUGAUUUAAAGUUGAUUGUACAAGAUACAAUGUAAAUCUGUAUUAUGAAAAUAAUUGACAAAGCAUUCACAUUAAUCCUUUACUGGGCAGGGAGUUGAACUGUGCUGUAAGAUCAGACACUAAAAGGAUCAUGCUUGCACAACAUGCACUACAGGUGGCUGCAGUGGUUGUGGUGCUUGGAAUACUCUUUUAAGCUGAGGUCCGAGACAUACACUCAGAUUGUCACAGGGCCAUUUCGUUGAGUUCCUGAUAAUCUGGGAAUCCAACUCAAAUCUUAAUGCAAAAAGUAUUGUUGCCUGCUGCAGGAAUACCAUGGUAUCUAGAACACGGAGUGAUUCACUUUACACCCUAGAAAUCCGUGAUGUACUUUUAUUACAUGAGGUAUAAUUUGGAAUAUCACUUAUUAUUUAUUUUGUGUAUUUUUGAGCGGUUAUACAUUUUAUAUUCUAUAUUAGAAUCCUGGAAAUAGUACAUUUAUGGGAAUUUUUUUUUUUUUUCAAUAGAAUAAUUAAGAAAAAAAAAUUGCGUUCGUUUAAAUUAUUUGAACUAAAUAUAAUUCUGUAUAUGGGUAAAAGUUUUAUAACCCAUCGUCAGCUUGAUAUGCUGUAGAAAGUACAUUCCAAAAGAGACAGUCCAGAGGGUGAUGAAAUUUUACUUCCUAAUAUUCAGAUCUUUAAAUUCACUGUCCUCUAAGUGUUAUCCAUCAAGGUCUAAUUUUUGGAAUCACAUUUUGUUACAAUUCCAGCAGCUUUUACAUAAUCCCUUGUGGAAUAGCGAGUGCUCCCUUAGACAAGCAGCAGUUAUUUGCUUAGAUGUUUCAGGUGCAGUCAAUAAUGAGGAAGACCAUUACAGGUUAAAGCUUUAUGGCUGAAUGUUCUAUAAUCUGUCUCAAUUCCGGCCAUUAAAGGUUUGAGAUCAAACAGGCAGCCAGACAAGAUCAUUUUGUAAAUCACUUAAGAUGGCAGGUACUACACAAUGCAAUUACAUUUUAUGUGUAUAAAUAUCAGGCAUCUUCUCUUACACUUUUCUAUUUGCUCGAAGAAAGUUAUCUACAAACCAAAAAGAUAUAUAAAUUAAAAUAAAUUGUAGGAGUAAAUUCGAGAAAAAAUAAAAAUGAAAACUAAAUGUUUAGAAUGGUUGGUUACAUUAAAAAUUAAUUUACAAAGUGUAUGUUAAGCAUACCAAGCACCAGGCCUCUCCACAAAAAACAAACCAAAAAAACAAACCUUUUUUUUUUUUUUUUACUGUUUAGUAGAUGAAUCCCCAAUAAGAACACAAUUUAAUUAUGAAUUUUUCAUUUAUAUAUAUAUAUAUAUAUAUAUAGAUAUAGACUGACAAAGUCUCUCCUUUAAUGUAGGACAAUGAUUUACAAUUAUAUACUGCUCCAAAAAAAUAAAGGGAACACUUAAACAACACAAUGUAACUCCAAGUCAAUCACACUUCUGUAAAAUCAAACUGUCCACUUAGGAAGCAACACUGAGUGACAAUCAAUUUCACAUGCUGUCGUGCAAAUGGGAUAGACAACAGGUGGAAAUUAUAGGCAAUUAGCAAGACACCCUCAAUAAAGGAGUGGUUCUGCAGGUGGUGACCACAGACCACUUCUCAGUUCCUAUGCUUCCUGGCUGAUGUUUUGGUCACUUUUGAAUGUUGGCGGUGCUUUCACUCUAGUGGUAGCAUGAGACGGAGUCUACAACCCACACAAGUGGCUCAGGUAGUGCAGCUCAUCCAGGAUGGCACAUCAAUGCGAGCUGUGGCAAGAAGGCUUGCUGUGUCUGUCAGUGUAGUGUCUAGAGCGUGGAGCCGCUACCAAGAGACAGGCCAGUACAUUAGGAGACAUGGAGGAGGACGUAGGAGGGCAACAACCCAGCAGCAGGACCGCUACCUCCGCCUUUAUGCAAGGAGGAACAGGAGGAGCACUGCCAGAACCCUGCAAAAUGACCUCCAGAAGGCCACAAAGGUGCAUGUUUCUGCUCAAACGUCAGAAACAGACUCCAUGAGGGUGGUAUGAGGGCCUGACGUCCACAGGUGGGAGUUGUGCUUACAGCCCAAAACCGUGCAGGACGUUUGGCAUUUGCCAGAGAACACCAAGAUUGGCAAAUUCGCCACUGGCGCCCUGUGCUCUUCACAGAUGAAAGCAGUUUUACAGUGAGCACAUGUGACAGACGUGACAGAGUCUGGAGACGCCGUGGAGAACUUUCUGCUGCCUGCAACAUCCUCCAGGAUGACUGGUUUGGCAGUGGGUCAGUAAUGGUGUGGAGUGGCAUUUCUUUGGGGGGGCCACACAGUCCUACAUGUGAUCGCCAGAGGUAGCCAGACCGCCAUUAGGUACCGAGAUGAGAUCCUCAGACCCCUUGUGAGACCAUAUGCUGGUGCGGUUGACCCUGGGUUCCUCCUCAUGUGGCUGGAGUGUGUCAGCCGUUCCUGCAAGACAAAGGCAUUGAUGCUAUGGACUGGCCCGCCCGUUCCCCAAACCUGAAUCCAAUUGACCACAUCUGGGACAGCAUGUCUCGCUCCAUCCACCAACCUCACGUUGCACCACAGACUGUCCAGGAGUUGGCAGAUGCUUUAAUCCAGGUCUGGGAGGAGAUCCCUCAGGAGACCAUGCGCCAACUCAUCAGGAGCAUGCACAGGCGUUGUAGGGAGGUCAUACAGGCACGUGGAGGCCACACACACUACUGAGCCUCAGUUUGACUUGUUUUAAGGACAUUACAUCAAAGCUGGAUCAGCCUGUAGUGUGUUUUUCCACUUUAAUUUUGAGUGUGACUCCAAAUGAAAAAUGUGAUUUCCAUUUUUUUACUUUUGUGUGAUUUUGUUGUCAGCACAUUCAAUUAUGUAAAGAACAAAUUAUUUCAGAAGAAUAUUUAAUCUAGGAUGUGUUAUUUUUGUGUUCCCUUUAUUUUUUUGAGCAGUGUAUAUAUAAACAGAUUGCAAAGGCUGCAGCUCUCUUGUCUGCUGCCUCUGCAAACCCUUCACUACUAAUCCUGCCUAGAUUGUCAGUGGCUGUCCAAUCCCAGACUUCCCAGUGCAGUCUUUGCAUUGCAGGGGCUCUGAGCAGUUGUUGCCUCUUAAAUUAAGCUCCACUGAGCUAAUCAAACCAGGCAGUAACAGUACUGGGUGGCCAUUUAAAAAGCCAAGGAGGUAUAACAAGGUUAAUUUAUACAAGUGUCAAUUUCUAAUGAAAUUUGCACUUUCUGUAAAAUGGAAAGAUUCUUCACACAUAAAGUGCUUCAUGGAUGUGGAGUGUCCCUUUAAUAGUGAUGCUCCUGUUUACCUGUAUAUAAAAUGUUCAAACACACAUAAGAUGUAUAGUUGUAUAUUUUGCAAUUGUGUAUCUUUCAAGGCCACUUAACAUAAUCCUGCUCAUGUAAUAAAAUAAGGGAAAAAUAAUUAAAAACAAAAAAGUGGUUGGCAAAAAAAAUCCACUGGAAAAAUACAACACUGCAACAAAAAUAAAUCAAUCUUCAACCUGCGAUUGCUCGGUGCUGAAAAAGGCUUCAGAGUAGGAGAGCUUUUCUAAAGGUUUUCCAAAGCUUUGACUAAUUAUUAGAGAUAUCUGAUUGGUUGGCUUGUAAGCCAACCAAUCAAAUCGCUCUGACAGGCAAGUCUCACUUCUCUCAGUACUUACCAUGGGACAGUUCAGGACAAUCUCCCGAAUUAUAGAAAAAGUUGCAUUUGCUGUUUCAGUGGAAUUUGUAGAAAUAAAUAUAUGGAAUUAAGCACUCCCCGAAUUAUCUCACAUUCCAAACAAGUGAGCAUGUGGCUUCCACCAUCCUCACACACAUAAUUUAAAGACACCCUGGAGGGUGUAAGCUGUGUGUUGGAGAAUUUUGCAUGUUAUUGUGGAUAUUGCGAUUUUUACAAACAGAAUUGCAACACCUAUGGUAUGUAUUUUUAUUUAUUUUUUAGAAUAUGUCUUUCUGGAUUUUCCCCAUCAGUCACCUGGUAUAUACUUUAUGAAUGUAUUGCCAAGCACUGAGAUCUAAACUGACUUUUUUUUAACUAGACAAAAGUUGCCCAUAGAGUGAUCACACUGACAUCUCAUGCAGGAUUUAGAGCAUCGGUUUUGUGUUCUAUGGGUUUAGAAUACAACUGACCAAUAUCUUAUGGAAUGCGGACCUACUUUUGUGAGCUUUAACUGUGCAUUUGGGUGUUUGUGAGAACCAGCAACACUUCUAUUAUUUCACACCUUUAACCCCAAAACUAUAUAGUGUCCCUUUUGAAAAUACCAAACAUAAACGCAUUUAAUAGAGGAUGCAGAACUAGCACAUAACACAAUGGAAAUCAGUAGUGUUGUACACAGGUUACUGCAGGACCUUUCUUAUUGUGGUUUAGAGAAGCUUAUGUAGAAGGGCAAGUAUACAUUUCAGGGACUACAGUAUGUCAGAAUUAAUAAAAGUAAUAAUAAAGAAUAUAGUAAUAAUAAAUAAGACGGCAUGUGAGUAUUUGUAAGAAAUGUGUCAGUAUAUAUGGGAAUGCAGAUUCCCAAAAUGCCAGCAGAAUGUAAAACCUUAUACCUUUAUAUGGACAUAAAGAGUGAAGUUACCAAAGUAAAAAGCUAUAUUAGUCUUAUCUAGAGCACGUUCAGCUGCUAUUGAGUGAGUUCAUGUAGGGUAAUGGAGUGCUAAUUAGCUCAAAUGCACUAAUUAGGUAUUCUGGUUGUCGGAUUGCAUCAUAUGCUUCAUACCUCCCAACAUUCUGUGUGUCUGUUCUGGAAUAAUGGAUUCUUCAUUCAUCUGCAGCUGGUAUCUUAGCCAGCUGUGCAUGAGCAGGAGAGCAGACACACAGAUUGUAAACCACCUUCCAGCACACAGCUGAGUUUAUAUAUAGAUCCAUAAACACUUUGCAUAAGGAAUGUGUUAACGUAACCAUGUAUAACGGCCAGAAUUGCAGUUUACACACCAUCUCUGGCUAUUCUGUUAUAUUCUAAUCCUGAGAAGUGGUAAAUUGAUAGAUUAUUGGUUAAAAUCAAUAUGAAUCUGUUUGGAACAUUGUUUUAAAUUGCUUUACAUGAAGAAAAUAUUCAGUGCAGUUGUUUACUAUAGCCAGGUCCUAAUUCAGUGGCAAUUUAUUUAAAUUUAUAUUUUCCUAUGAAUGAAUGAAAGUAAAUCUAUUUUUGAUGAUGCCCAGUAUAUUAAUUCUGCCCAGGAACGUACGGCUCUUGCAAGCUAACAGGAGACAAUUAUAUGUGUAAUUGAUUGUAAUACAUUUUUCAGUUUGCUGUGUGGCUCACGCUGAGUAAACAAACAUGUCCUUUUUGUCUCUCUCUGAUUCUCCGUAGGACUUCUCAUUAGCUCAGGAUGUGCCCUGUAUCCGUUGGGGUGGAACAGCCCUGAAAUCCAGCAAGCAUGUGGCAACGCAUCCAGUCAGUUCCAAUUAGGUAACAAGUGACUCACAGUCACCGAAUGUCGGCUACAUGAGUGUGUCUGACCGGUACUAGCUGUGCAUAAGCGCAAAGCUCAUUAUAACUGGGAUGAAUUGAAAUCAAUACAGCAGAUUGGUCCAAUUCCAGAUCAUGCUGGAGGAACAAGUGAUGAACUCUGUAACAGAAAAUAUUUAUUUCUAAUUGUCUAGAAAUUGGCUAGAAGCAUUUAACAUGGAAAAGCAAAAAAACAAAGAUUUUAAGGGGAACUCUUACCACAAUGGCCACUACAGUUCAUAAUCAUACAUAGUUUGCGUCAAUUUGUUUUCAAGCUGUUAGACAAGAAACAGGAGUCUGCUGGCAACCAAAAAAGACAAGAUGCUAAAAUGUAGCACACACAUUCACUAAAACGUUUAUGGUUUGAAACACUGACGAGACAAACCGAUAGCCAGGCUUCUCAGUUUGCAAUUUGACUACAAUUUGCACAAAGGUUCUGGACUUAGCUAAUCAUUUACUUCAUUUCAUAUUAACAGAACUAUUCACUGAGUAAGAAUUUAAAAUGAAUUUCAAAUUUAAGGCCAAACAUAGAUGAAUUAGAUACACCUCCCCCCCCCCCAAUUUCAGCUACUUUUAAAUUAAAUUUGAAAUUCAUUUUGAAUUCUAACUUUAUUGAAUAACCAUGUAAGAGUUUAGGCCUCUGGUUUAAGUGGCUACAGGAUCACUCUAAACUAUGGGCAGAUGUGGAACAUGAUAGAAUUAUGUUAUUAUUAAUAUAUGCUCUGUUGAUCCGCAUGCUAUAUAAUAAAAGUUCAAGUCCAUGAUGAGUUGCUAAACACAGGUCUGACAGGCUAUUAAAGCAGGAGAUACAUUCUAAAGCAAACAAUGUUCAAUAAAGUGUAAACAUUAUCUCACCUUACAGAAAGUGUUUAGGAAGGCCGUGUAAGUCACAUGCCGAUAGGUGUGGCUAGGGCUGUAUAUACAAAGUGAUUUGAUGCCUAAAUGACAAAGAAUUGAGCAGUGAGACUGCAGAUGUAUGAUAUUUACACCAAAACUAUUUCAGUAAGCUAAAGUUGUUUUAGUGACUAUAGUGUCCCUUUAAUCACACACAAGAGCCUGCUGCAGGCUCUAGCAGGUAACAACAGUGGGAGAAUUGUUCGGAAUUCUAACCAGGAUUAUUUGCAAAAGUGAGAAUAAUUUUUCCUGGAUUAUACAGUCAUCCCCCACUAUGUAUAGGGCAUAAUGCACAGAUAACCUUCAUAGAAUGUUGGUGCCCUAAUCUCAGGCAGAGCUGGGACGUACAUUAACCCCUACAUUGUCCUAACAAACUAUACCAAAGAUUAAGGCCUGAACUACACAAUCUCUAAACUUUAACUCCCUACACUAUAUUAAACAUAAACCCUUAAACGAACCAUUAACCCCUACACAACCUUAAUACUUAAACUAGCACUAACAAAAACCUGCACAUAAGGUACAUAACGGUGAAGAGUUUAUUUGGGGGAAAUAAUGCCUCGACCUUUGAGAUCCUGGUUUAUUAGGAUAUGCCCAAAACCCUCAUUAUUUUCCCAUAAUGCAUCAUUUACACAUAUAAAUGAAAACAAAGUAAGUGAUCCAUAUAAUUAUCGUCUACCGUGAUGUAACGAUAAAUUAUUUGCUGAAUUCAAGAAUCAGAGCUGCAGUGUUGUUGAAGCAGAAGAGGCUAUUACACGACAUUAAAAAUUAAUUGCACUGUUUACCACCAGGGUGCAUUAUCCUGGUCUCCUGUAAGACAUUAAACCUCAUCUACAUAAUUACUAAAGAGUCUGGGACACGCUGGACCCUGUCAACCUCCCCUUAGGGCUGCUGUAAUAAUGUAAUGCCAAGCUCUGCCUGUUUUAGGGGAAGCAAUAGCCCCCAUACUUAAUUGUAAAACAUAGCAUGUGCACUUAUAACAUAGAAUUUUCAAUGAUGUACACUAACCAGAACUCGUAGCACAGAGGAGAAGCACAUUCUUGAUGUUUUCAGAUAAAUGGAAGGAUAGGGCUUUUAUAAAUAUAACUUUUUUGAAUAUUAAAAGGGAAAAUAUGUCCAAAAGGCAUAUUUUUUAUACUGCACAAAAAUAGUUAUUGAAAAAACAAAUGUACUAAAAUUUGCACAAAAUAUUUCCUAAGCCAUAAAAUCGUACCUUUCCUUAGCUGCUGAACUGACCUCUGUAGCCAAUUAAAGGACCACUAUAGUGCCAGGAAAACAUACUCGUUUUCCUGGCACUAUAGUGCCCUGAGGGUGCCCCCACCCUCAGGAACCCCCUCCUGCCCGGCUCUGGAAAGGGGAAAGGGGUUUAAACUUACCUUUUUCCAGCGCUGGGCGGAGAGCUCUCCUCCUUCUCUCCUCCUCCGUUCCGCCCCGUCGGCUAAAUGCGUACGCGCGGCAAGAGCUGCACGCGCAUUCAGCCGGUCGCAUAGGAAAGCAUUUACAAUGCUUUCCUAUGGACGCUGGCGUGCUCUCACUGUGAAAAUCACAGUGAGAAGCACGCAAGCGCCUCUAGUGGCUGUCAAUGAGACAGCCACUAGAGGAUUAGGGGGAAGGAUUAACCCAUUAAUAAACGCUAUGUUUAUAAAAAAAAUGGGUUAACCCUAGCUGGACCUGGCACCCAGACCACUUCAUUAAGCUGAAGUGGUCUGGGUGCCUAGAGUGGUCCUUUAAGAUCCAUCCCCUUUUUUGCCAAGCACUUACUUCCUUGUUCAAGAUGGACAUUGUCUAAUUAAAUGCUUCUCAUUAUUGAAAUUUAGGGAUGCAUAUAAAAAUUCAUACAUUUGGAGUUCUAUUAGUUCAUGUGCCUUUUUUAAGUAAUUUUUUUGUGUUCAUGAAAACAGUGACGUGCUAUAUGAAGCUAUUGUGAUCUAAAAUUCUUAUCUGGCUCAGCCAACUAGUAGAUGGAUGAACUGGAGAGGAGUAAUAUUAUACAGAAUCUAUGUAGCAUAUGGUUGGCUUGCUAUCUGAUUGCAUCAGAUGUAUAUUUCUAGUCAAGAUGUGGCAGGUAACUUAUUGCACUCAAUUUGAUCUUUUCCAAGCAGAGUGCCUUGGUUUUUUUCCCCUAUGACCUUUACACCUUGGAAGGCCAGAGGUCAAAAUCCAGAACUAAUGUUUUUUUCUUCAUUAGAGAGUUUGAGGGAACAAGGCCUAACCAAAAUGAUCCCUCCAGGAGCAUAUUGCUACUAUAUUUUUUUUAUCAGGAAGAUGUAAAAUAAAUGAAAUUCAUAUCUAAUACCUUUUUUAUUGGACUAACAGAAUUUUAGAAUGAUAAGCUUUCGGGAGAACCUGCCUUUCUCAAGGCUAAAGCAUAUCUGAGCUCAAAAAUUGCUGUAGACUUAAGAAAGGGAGGUUCUCCCUAAAGCUUGUCAUUCCAAUGUUUUGUUAGUCAAAUAAAAAAGGUAUUACAGGAUACGAAUUUCAGCUGCUAUUUUACAUCUGCAUUACUUGACUAAUACGGCUACCAUCUCGAUUUUAAAAGAAAGUGAGGAUUCCAAAAGCAAAUGGUUUCUUGAAGAAGCACAAUAGUGUUAGGAAGACAAACAUGUCUCAAAUUGCAGUGAAAAGUUUCAAACUAACCUUUUUUCUAUCGUCAUGGCUGCCCCCGCGUCCAUGGCUUGAUGAUCUCAACAAAUUUAAUGCUUUUGCAUAGGAAAGCAUUAGGAGGCUAUUACGCAUGCCCGGCAAAAUGCUGCGAUGCACCAAUCAUCAUCUCCUCUUAGAGAUGCACCUCCAGGGCUGGCCUUAGGCCUUAGUAUUAUGUGAAAUACUUAGUCUGCUCCUCUGUAAUGUAGGGGAGGCAGUCUGGCACUUCUGUUGGCUGCAGACCAUAAGUAGCUGUUUUCCUAGCUUGGGAUAAUCAGAGCGCUGCCGCAGAUUACCAAAGGACACUGCAAGUCCCUGAGCUUACAUGGUCUGUACCCAGUGGAGGGGCAGACUAGAUUCAGAUCAGCAUCACUCUCCCAACUAGGUAACAACAGGAAAGGAAGAAUUAAUUUUUUUUAAAAAAAAUCAUUAAUUUAAUAAAUCCCCUAUACAAUCACUACAUUCCUAUACACACACUAUACAUGAAUGAUGGAGGGAGGGGAGGUUGUGAAGAUUUUUAGUACAGGGCACCUAAAGGCUUAAGGCCGGCCCUGUGCACCUCUAUGAGGAGUGGUCAGCAUCUCCAUGCAGAGUGAGCAGCACUAGACUAGGAAGCACCUCUAGUGGCUGUCUGAGUGACUGCAGCGAGAGGUGUUACUAGGCAGCAAUGCAAACACAACCUUUUCUCUGAAAAGUUAGUGUUUAUAUUGAAAAACCCGCAGGGACAUGCUUUAGACACCAGACUACUACAUUAAGCUUUAAAUUCAGCUCAAAAGUGCACAUAUUCAUAUUUAGUUUAAUGAUUCAAAAUGUGCUUUCGGAAUGAGAAUAUCAAGCAUUUUAAUAAAACAGUUCAUCAAAUCUUUCCACUUAGAGUAUGUCAUUUAGAAUUACAAUAUGGUGCUAUAAUGUUCAGAUUUUUUUUACGGGACUAUGGAAUUUGUGUUUAGUGAAACGGCUUCAUUCACAAUAAAUCACAUCUUCUGAACACGGAUCAAAAAAAAAUAGUAAAAAUUAAAUAAAAAUUGCUAAAACCUUUGAAUACUGGUUGGAUUCAGCUGUAGAGUGCAUAUACAGCCAUACUAAAGUACUAAGUACAUUCAGCUGAGCAACUGCAGUUGGUUAAAGGAACACUAUAGUCACCUAAAUUACUUUAGCUAAAUAAAGCAGUUUUAGUGUAUAGAUCAUUCCCCUGCAAUUUCACUGCUCAAUUCACUGUCGGUAAAGUUAGGAGUUAGGAGUUAAAUCACUUUGUUUCUGUUUAUGCAGCCAUAGCCACACCUCCCCUGGCUAUGAUUGACAGAGCCUGCAUGAAAAAAAAACUGGUUUCACUUUCAAACAGAUGUAAUUAAGUGUUCUUGCAUAGCAAGACCACUUAAUGUUAUCUCACAUAUAUAUUAUUCUUAUUCUUAUUAUAGCCAAAUUUGCCACCCUAACGCCUCCCAUAGUUUUUACACUACAUAGAUAAAAAUUUACCAAAUGUGCAGAUUGUUCCCGAUCGGAUUGCUAUUACUCUGUGGAACGUUUCGCCGAAUGGUUCACGGAAUAUCGCCGUUCUUGUGGCGAAAUUUGUCCCAUAGGAAUGAAUGGCAAAGCUAGAGUGGGAGCUGGCAAAAGCUGAAAAAAUCAGGACAUGAUUUCUAAACUGCCACCACUCCCUUAUUUCCAGGCCCACCUACACAAAUCUUAUAUCAAAACGUUCAGCUAUCCCUGCUGCCACUAAACAUGUCAACGGCUAAGCCGUAGUCCUGAUAGUUUUCACAAUAUAAUCAUUUGUUUGCAACUAACGCCGUCCAUUGACAUUCAUUGAAACAUCACUCUACAAAGCUCAAAUUUGAAGUGCAAUUUCUAAACUGCGACUGUGCCUUCAUUUUUAAUACUUCAGAGACAUACUAUGCAUCAAAAUGUAGGUCUGGGUCUUGUGAUUCUCACAAUAUAAAGCUCUUCGCAACCGCCAAAAUACUCUGACCUGUGCCAGGCUGCAGCAGCAAGUGAUGUCAUAGACAGGGCCUUUUGAACACCUGCUAAUGUUUUUAUAAAUGGUUUGAUGUAACUGUGCAACAAUGUUGCAAUUAAAUGUGCUAUAUAAAUGAUAACAGUUACUCUGCCCACUCCAGUUGUGGAGGCAAGAACACUUCACACAAUUUCCCCAGAAAUUGUAGCUUUUCUAGUUUACCUUAAAUAAUUGCAUCUCAAUCUCUAAAUUGAACUUUAAUCACAUACAGGAGGCUCUUGCAGGGUCUAGCAAGCUAUUAACAUAGCAGGGGAUAAGAAAAUCUUAAUUAAACAGAACUUGCAAUAAAGAAAGCCUAAAUUGGGCUUUCUUUGCAGGAAGUGUUUAUGGAAGGCUGUGCAAGUCACAUGCAGGGAGGUGUGACUAGGGUUCAUAAACAAAGGGAUUUAACUCCUAAAUGGCAGAGGAUUGAGCAGUGAGGCUGCAGGGGCAUGUUCUACAAACCAAAACUGCUUCAUUAAGCUAAAGUUGUUCAGGUGACUAUAGUGCCCCUUUAAUAUCUGUUUAGACAUCUAUUCAUCGCAUCAUCUGCACAUGCAUUGCUGGCUGUGGUCAUAACGCAGAAGCAUAAUCAUUUACCUCCACUUGAGUGGGUAACAGACAUGCCAUCUCCAGCAGGUCUCGUUCCUUGUUCACAAACCAACUAGGUUAAAUCCAUCCUAUCGAGUUCCUUUUGGACUGCUUUAACUAUAACUAUAACGGAUUGCCAAACUAAUAAUAUAAUAAAGCAUAUUUGUAUACCUUGAAACUAUGUGGAUUUGCAAUUAUGGCGACUCCAAAGACAUUGCAUUCAUCUUUGGGUGGAAUAUGCAUGAUAUUAUGCUUUGCUUACCAGCUUGCCCAAGACACCCACAAAUUGCCCAUUGCUGCACUAUAUCAUAUGGAACCUGUCCCACCCACUAUCAAAAACAUUCCAUCAAUUUUCUUUGUCCUCGAUCACAUAUUUACAUCCCCCCUAUCUGGAGUUAUGGGAUCUCUAGUUGCCUGAAAAAUCCAAAUGAUCCUUCAUCUACUGUUUAUUGGCUGAACAAUUAACUCAGUUACUGCAAACCAAAAGAAUAUGAAUAUGGUCUUGCGUUGUGCAUUUGUUAAAUUCUGUUGUAAGGAAAUCAGAGAUAUUCAUAUAUUUUCUAUCCCCGCAGGUACCUGCAAGUUGGGCUGGGCGUACUACUGCACAGGAGGUGGUGCAGCAGUUUCUAUGCUUAUCUGUACUUGGAUGUCGUGUUUCGCAGGAAAGAGAAAGAAACCAUCUCCUUACUGACAUUCCAUAUCAUUAGAAAGAGAAUGGACUGUGAUACAGAUGAUGCAUCUGCCUGUUCCUGGCCUGGAACCCCAAGGAACUGGUUAAUUUGCAAUCACAUGGGUGGCAGGUGAAGAUGUGGCCAUGUCAGAUUGUUCUUGGAACCUGCCACAUGUGUUGAUGUGUGCUACAAGCUAGAAGUCAACUUAUUAAAAACAGAAGAAUGGAACAUUAUUACUUGUAACAUGGAAGGACGCUCUUAUCAAGACGUUUACUUCUACAGAGUGACUAUUAAAUACCAUCUGCCCAAAUAUUACAACAUUUAUCAGAUAGUAAUUAUAGCAUGAUUUAUUUCUUACGACGAUUAUAGCUGAGCUACACAGAGUAACUGAGAAUAUUUGUGAACUUGGAAAAUAUGUUAGCGUUAAAAAUGGAGAAUCCAUCCUUAAGACUAGUUAUUCCGAGUUAAUGAAGGAUAAAUGAUGUCCGUUAAGCCUACAGAUAAAGUGACAUAACUUCUGAAGGAAUAUGAAUAUUAAAUAAGGGACAGAUUCCUUAUUUACCCGGAUGUUUAGAAAAAGAUCUCAAACUCUCCCCUCUUCAUCCUGUCACAAACGCUCCCCUCACGAUCACACUCAUCCCCCAAUCUUGUCACACUCACCACUCCUCUCACCCUGGCACAAUAAUCCUGUAAGAUUCACUCAUCACCCUGUAAAACGUACACACACCCUAACCCUGUCAAACUUACCCCCCAGGUGAGCGGCACGUGCAGACCUCAGUAAUGGCUUCCUUGGGAUCCAGUGCUCUCUAGUGAUCUAGAGCACAGCCACAAGAUGUUCCCAGUUUGCACAGUGCUGAACUGUGAGGGAGCGAUUCCGGAGGUCUUGAUUUUGCAGUGGUGCAAACCUCCCACUGGCCCAUCAGGGACUCAGGACCCCCGAUUGACCACCAGGCAGAGCUAACCCCUGCUGGAACAAAAGGGAGUAUGGCCCCACCAUUGGACCACCAGGGAUGAAAACCCCACUUCCUUGAAGGAAGCCAAGCCAUAGGGGGCUACACAGAGCACAACCACACACAAACAAAUUACAUUCAGCCGGCAGACACUCGCAUAUUACAUAUAGCCGUCACACAAACACACCUUAAUUUUUUAAAAUCUGAUUUUAUGGUAAAGUUGUCUAAAAGAUGAAUGUCAGAUGUUGGGACAAAGGACAUGAAAACAAUUCAGUGCUUGCCAUAGGCACUAUCUUCAGUAGAUAUGCCUUUGUGUGAAACCUAUCCCAGAAUGUGAAAUCCCACCUAAUUUAGUGCUGGGCCCAUUAAAUCAUGAAUGUGACCGCACUUUCUUUCCCAGAAUUAUAUCCUUCCUGUUUCCAUAGGGGAAAAUCUCAGGGCAAAGAGAAGGAACUCAUAUGGUUCUCUUGCUCUCAGAACUCAAGAAUGUUUAUGGUAUUAGAGUUCAUUGUUUUUUUCCACACAAUAGAAGAUUUAUGUAUGUUCUUAUACCAUAAUGUUUUAUCUCUACCUGCUGUACGGUGGUGUAGUAAAGCUACCAUUUUAAAAUAAGCACAAUAUGAAAGUUAGAGAAACCCUUAUUUUCCAGCAGAACCUGAAUUCUUCUGAUAAACAGGUUCCGGAGUAGUAAGACGAAAUUGCUUUGAAAUUUCACAGAUGAGGUAUAUGUUAUUUACAACUACAAACGAUUCUACACUAUAUGUACUGGCAAAGUGAUGUGGCAGGUCAUUAAACAAUGAGGUAGUUGCAGAAAAAAGGAGAAAGUGGGGAAAAAAAAAAUCUGUAGGCAUUUCAAGGAUUUUUCCCAACUAUCCCAACUUUGCCCAGACUUGGCGUUGUUCAAGGCAGGGAUAUCCCAUCCUAAUCAUUCAUUAUUUAUUGUACAUAUUUAUAAUAACGUCUAUAAUAUAUAAUAGUAUCUCCUGCACAUACGCUACCUUUAUUCUUCUAGGAAAACAAAACAUUCUACUUAUACCUAUUCCCACUAAAUAGAAAAUAUUUUAAUAAAGAUCUGCUACAUUUAGUGUAAUCAAUUUAAAAAAAAAAAUAAAAAAUUUGAACGUAAUGGACGCAUGUCUCUUUUCAGCUAUGUACCUAUAUACGCAACUAUGUAGCUUUACUGCACCAGGUAUAGCCAAUAGUCAGUAAUGUGAAUAACACAUACAUACACUGUAUAACCCCUAUGCCUGCUAUUCCUCCCAUAUACAGUGAAUAAACUUGUAAAGGGGUAAAUUAUUGAUAUCAAUAAAACAUACAUACAUUGUAUCAAUAAUGCACUUACUCUAUAUUCCUCUACUGUAAUACAACACAUUUAGUGCUUUGCACGCACGAGAACAUGAUUAUUAAAAUAUACAUAAAUACACUGCUGUAAAUCUAAUAUACUUAUUGUACCUACUUAUUGUAGUGACUACACAUACCAUACCUCCCUAGUAAAUUAAAGUGCACUUAGCAUUAAGUAUUAAAAUAAAUAUACAUGCCAUUCAUACUUGUAAACCUAUAUAUAGUAAAGUCAGAGCUGCAGCCAAAGUCUGUAUGUAUAGAGAAAGAGAGAUAAACAAUACAAAGUAAAUAGUUUUAUAUAUUAAAUUUGUAAACUAAACAUAAUUCACGCUAUAAUAAAUAAACUCCCUAUUUAGCGGACACCUACAGCCAAAGAUGCAAACGGAGUUGAAAUAGUAUACUAUAAUAUUACAUUUACUUGCAUAUAUUAUAUAGAAGUAUAUAUAAUUAAUAUUUUGCAUCCCCAGAGUUGUGUAAACAAGAAAAUAUUGUUUCUUUUAACUUUACAGUUUACUCUUCAUCUCUGGUUUUUCAGUUUUGUUUUGUCUGAGAGGCCGUUAAUGAGCAUACAGUUUUAUCCUUCCUUACCCAUCCAACUAAAUAUUUUUGGGUCUUUGUACAGUUUACUCAAGCAGUUCUUGACCCCCAUUUCUUUCGUAAAUCAUACACGUGUAUAGAAUGUAUUAAAAAUGUGCAAAUAAUGCUUCAAUGCUUGUAAAUUUUGUAUUAGCAAAGGGAAGCAUAUGUGAGGGAGCGGACUUCGAAUUACUGUGAUUAUUAAAAACUGCUCUGUAUGUGCAGGGGGAUAGGAUAUAAGGACCUCCUUGCAUUAUAUUCUAUAUAAAAAAAAAAUGUUUAAAUUACAAUGGUGUUUGGAGUACCCCUUUAUAUAAAACCUAAUCUAUCAGUUAUUAAUCGUAUGUAAAAUUAGUCAUGAUUAUAACCACAUAGCCAUUACAAUUUCAAAUGUCAAGUUGUUGGUAGACUAUAAAAGCACAUUAUAUUAUAGUAUUCUAUGUAGCAUGUUAUAGGAGGGGAUGCGGACAGAAAAAAAACACCUAUUCAUGUAACAAAAACAGUUUUUAAAAAUAUGUAGAAUACGAAGCCGAAACCUAAAUAAAAAAAAUCGACUGAAAAA